AUGCCAUUAUCGUUUUGGACAAUAAAGAGAAGUUUGCAGGAAAGUAAGGCUCAUGUAAACAUUGAAAUAUCUUCGUCUGGAAAUGAAAUUUAUCAACCAAUUAUUCCUUCCGACGAGAUUGAUUCGCGUCUAAAAUUUACCCAUGAUGAAUCGCCGAUGCGACAAAAAUCUUGUGGAAAUGUUCUCAUAUGGAGUUUUUGGGCUACUUUUAACUGUGCAAUGUUACUUGGUAGCUGUUUUCUUAUUAAAUACGCUUUUGCAGGGUAUGCACCAUACGGUUGGGUGAAGUAUGUAUUUGUAGCAUUUGUUUCAUUAGAAAUGUUUGCUAGAUUUUCGCAAAUAGGAAGAAUAUUCAAAUUAGUCCAUGGACAUAUGAGAUUCACAAUUAUAUUAUUAACUUCUUUACUUGGUAGAGAUGCGUAUUUUUUAUUUGGACGAAUCCCUUUGACAAAGGGCGAAAUAAGAAAACGAAGUGGACGAGCAGAUAUCUUAUUCAUAAUAUACUUCAUCUUUUUGGGAGUAUCACUUGGACAAUCACUUGGAAAUUCACAUGGAAAAUCACACCAGACACACAAUAAACCCAACAUUUAUGAUACUCUACUUGUGAUAGCUGUAACAGCUAUAAUAGUUGUGAUAAUAGUUGUUGUUUCUGGUGUUGGUGGAUGGGAGAAACGAACAAUAAUUCUUACGACUCUUUCAACUUUUGUGUUUGCGAUACAUGCGAUUGUGGAGCAUGCGAUUGUGGAGCAUGUGAUUGUGGAGCAUGCGAUUGUGGAGCAUGUGAUUGUGGAGGAUGCGAUUGUGGUGCAUGCGAUUGUGGUGCAUGCGAUUGCAAUUGUUAGAACGUAA